AUGGAUCCAACUUCCUCAAAGAAAUCCGAUAGAGACUCGAAGAGAAAGAAAUCACACAAGGAACAUAAACAUAAGAAGCAUCAUAAGAGACACGAAAAGAAAAGGACGCGCCGCGAAAAAGACGAACGGCAUGAGUAUAGUGGUAGUAGUAAUUCCGAGUCUGAAUCUGAGUCUGUAGAAGUACCACAAGAGGCCAUGUGGGUUGAGAAACAUGUAGAGUUAUUGCCAGAGGUAAAAGCUUUUUCGUCUUCGGUGAGUAGAGAAUCAUUGAUAGACAAGCCGGAACAAAGGACCGUAUUUACGGAUUUCCGAAAUCCCCUCAGUUUUGCUUCUUUCAAAAAACCACAAGAUUACGACAAUGAGGAAAGGUCCAACGUGCAAGCCAGUGAAACCUCCAAAAAACGACCGCGAUCCAAUUAUUCUUCAGAAGGAACUACAAAACCCGAGACUACAUCAAAACCCGCUUUUACCAUAGCACCCAUUUCUACGAAUUCAGUGUUAUCGGAAGAUGAGCUUAAUAAACUACAAGCUAAAGCUCUACGUGCAAGUAUGUUAGGUCUACCGGACGCAGAUUCACUCGAGGAAGAGUUUCAAAGGGAGAAAAAAAAAUUUGACAACAGGAACAGUUCCAAAACAGAAAUACUGCCUAUGAUCGAUAGCCGUGGUCGAAUCUAUGACACCGAUAAUGUAACGAAUGCAGAAACAUCAAAGCAGUCAUUGUCAUCACGUCGUAAAAAAGAAAAGUAUGAGACGCAUGAUGAACGCGGACAACGUAUUAGAUAUAACAAAGAUGAUGAUGAGCUUACAUUAGAAGAUUUGGUGCGUCAAGAACGAUUAGGGUUUCGAGAAAGUAUGGAUUCGCAAGUAGCCAGUAGAAUUAUCAAGGAUUCGAAGUUCGAGGAUGACUUGGAAUAUAUGGACGAGCAAGCUGAUAAGAUUGCCAAAACCACGGAUAAAACUGCACAACAAAAACGUGAAUUCGUUAUUAGAGAUUACAAGAAAUCAAAACAAAUUAUUGAGGGAUGCGCAUAUUGUCUUAAAGAGAAUUCACUACCACAAGCACCGAUGGUUUCAUUAGGAGUAAAAACAUAUCUUGCAUUACCCAGUGUCAAAGAGAUGUGUGAAGGUCAUUGCUUGAUUGUGCCUGUGGAACAUUGUUUGACAACUUUAGAUUGCGAUGACGAUGUUUGGGACGAAAUACGGAAUUUUAUGAAAUGUUUGAUUCAAAUGUUUGCCGACGAGAAUCGAGGUGUAAUUUUUAUGGAGACAGUAAUAAAUUUAAAAUGGCAAAAGCAUACAUUUAUCGAGUGUAUUCCUAUGCCAAUAGAGUUACUUGAUGAUGCACCCGCUUACUUUAAGGAAGCCAUUUUAUCAAGUGAAGGAGAUUGGUCUCAGAAUAAAAAAUUAAUAAACACGACCAAAGAACGAGGAUUCCGUCAAUCUAUGGUUAAAGAAUUGCCUUAUUUCCAUGUCUGGUUUGGAUUAGACAAAGGCUUUGGACAUGUGAUCGAAAAUGGCAAAAAAUUCCCGACUUGGUUUGGAAAGGAAAUAGUUGCCGGAAUAUGUGAUCUCCCUCCUGAUGUUUGGCGACGACCAAAGAAAUUAAAUCAUCGAGAUAAUCAUCAACGCGUUCAAGAUUUUAUAAAGAAAUGGAAAAAAUGGGAUUGGACAAAAAUAUUAGAGGGUGACCCUGGUUCACAAGAGCCUCAACCUCAAAGUCUUAAUAGUACUUUAUCGUCUACAAAUAUAGUUCCUCCAAAAGGAAGCUCACCACAACAUUCUUCAAGCUUACCAUUUUUACCCAGGUUGUCACGACCUAGCGGUAUAAAAAGAACAGCAUCAUAUAGUAGUUUUCUUGGUGCGAGAAACACGACAUCCUCUUCAACCUCCACUUCAGAACGGAAUUCGAGUUUUCAUGGCGCUUUUAAUUUUUUUCAGAGUGAUGAAUCACCUACCACUUUGACCAAAACACCAACAUACGAGUAUUAUGGCUUUGUGCUCUAUCUUGCAUCGUUUAUUGCUUUUGUUAUUUAUUUAUUAUGGGCGUAUUUACCCGACGAGGCUCUGAUAUCAUUAGGGAUAACUUAUUAUCCGAGUAGAUAUUGGGCAUUGGCUUUACCCGUCUGGACUUUUGUCCUGAUCCUAUUUAUUUACAUCGCUUUCGUGUCAAUUAACUUUUUAAACACCGCGCCAUUAGAUUCAUUCAAUACAGUCACAGACGAUCAUGCCAACGUCGGCCAAAAUUUAUCUCAAUUGUCCGGUAUUACUGAUGAUUUUGUACCAGAGUUACAUGACAUUCCGAUUGGUAUUGUUAAUGCUUGUCUUUAUCAAAAUCUGAGAGGACUGUCAAAUAAGAGCGAGGAAGAGCGAGAAGCAGAGGAAGAAGAUUAUUUAGGUGACAUAUUCAAUAUUGAAUGA